AUGAGGGCUGCGUUCCUGGUGCUGCUCCUCUGGGCCGUGGCCUGCGCUCACCCCGUGCCCGACCAUGAGCCCGCCCGCCGCGGCACCCAGCAGGAGGACGCAGCAAGCGAAGAUUACAUCAACGAGCUGGGCAACCUCCUGGGUGGUGGAGAUGGCAGAAGUCCUCCUGCCAGUGCCGAGAGGGGGGACAAUGCCCUUGCCGGGGACUCGGCGGGUGGGAACGCCGUGGGUGAGGAGCUGGGCGAGCACGGUGGCCCAGACAAGGAAGACGGAGUUGGGGAGGCUCAGCACCUGAACCGGGUGGACCACGAGGCCACAAGUGCCCGGGAUGGGAACAGCCUUGGUUUCCUGGAGGAGGAUGCACGCGAUGCUGAUGAUGGUGACAACGGAGAGCACCGCGGCACUGGAGUCAACGGGCUUCCCUCUCACGCUGGCGGGCUCCUGGAUGAGGAGGACGAAAGUGGAGAUGACACCUUCGAUGAGAACGGGGAAGAGGAGGGGGGCGAAGGCCCUACUUAUGUGGCUGGUGCUGACAGGGCAGGUGAACGCGGCCACGACGCUGGCCGUGGGGACGUCGGGGCUGGCGGAAGGCACGGUGACAGCAGCAGCAGUAGCAGCAGCGAGAGCAUCGGGGCAGACCACCGGUGCCAGGAGGAGGAGGAGGAGAGCUACGACUUUGAGGACGAAGCCAUGCAAGGCGAUGACCCCUCCGUCUUCGACAGCCCAGGCAGCAGCUACAAGGGACGCCGUGCUGGCCCCCGUGCCCUGGGGAGCAGCCGAGAGAGUGGCCGGGGGGUUGGCUCCCAUCGCUGGGAGGAGGACGACAGCAGGUCCCCAGAGGAGGAGGAUGCUGACUCGGGAGAAGAUAGCCCGUCCACGGAGGACAACAGUCAGUCAGAAGAGCCCACCACCAGCCAGUCAGAGGAAGACAGUGCCAGCCGCUCCGAGGAGGAUGAGGAUGAGGAGGACAGCCCUUCCAGGGAGGACACCGCCGACCAGUCGGACGAAGAGCCUGGGGAGUCCCCAGAGGACAUCUCCCGCCAGUCUGGGGAAGAUGAGGGUGACCAGAGCAAGUCCGAGGAAGAUGAUGGUGACCAGAGCCAGUCCACAGAGGACACUCUGGAAGAGUCAAAGGAGGACGAGAAUGACUCCAACCCCGAUGGGGACCCUGCCGCCGACUACGAUGACAACGACUGCCAGGAUGGGUACUGA